AGUUUGUAAUUCACAAUAGACUUGCAAUGUCAUUAAACCGCAUUUUCGCUCUUGGAGUAGGUAGAAUUCUGGCCCCUUCAUUGCACCAUCCAACCCAAAGAUUGAAGAUGCCUUCGCUGGAGGAGAUUAUAGCAAACAAUAAGCGGAAUGAGGAAAUCAUAAGAUCCAUCGCUUCCGAGCUGGUGGCGAUGCGCGUGGAAUUAAUGGCGCAAAAGAAACAACAAUUACGCCGAGAAAACGCUUUGCUAAUGCACCAAGUUGAGACGGCCCAACAGCAACUCAUAGCCCUAGAGCUAAGCCACGGUAAAAAACAAAUCCCAUUGCCCAAUACUCGCGGUCUUUGCACGGCAGCCGACGCUACUCCGAACACUGAACCGUCUGUAAAAACUGCUAAGGCAGCACCUGUUGAAACUCCACAGGCGGACCAAAAGCAAACUCCGCCAAAGGAAAAAAAACCAAAAAAAGAAAAGAUUGCAAAUAACGCCAAUACGAAUGCCGCUUCUGAACUUCCGGUAGAUGUUGGUCGACUUGAUAUGCGCGUUGGUAAAAUUAUUGAAGUGGGUCGUCAUCCUGAUGCGGAUAGUUUAUAUUUGGAAAAAAUUGACUGCGGAGAACCGCAGCCACGGACAGUUGUCUCUGGCUUGGUCAAGUUUGUGCCUUUAGAAGAAAUGCAGAACCGCUUAGUGGUUGUACUAUGUAAUUUAAAACCGGCAAAAAUGCGUGGAGUAACAUCUGAAGCCAUGGUUAUGUGUGCAUCAACACCUGACAAGGUUGAAGUACUAAGUCCACCUGCGGGCGCAGUUCCCGGGGAUUUAGUACAUUGUGAGGGCUACACACGCCAACCUGAUACGCAACUUAAUCCAAAAAAGAAAAUAUUCGAAACCUGCGCACCAGAUUUAAGAACCAAUGAUCAGCUGAUAGCAUGCUAUAAGGGUGCAGCUCUUCAUGUGCCCGGCAAAGGAAAUAUUAUUGCACAAACUCUGAAGAAUGCAAAUGUAAAGUAAAUGUUUAUACAUACAUUUUCUUCGAAGGAGGUAGUUUUCUUUUUGUAGUUAAUAAAGCCAUCAUUUGUUAACUCAAUGCAAAUUACAUAUA